CGCAUUUUCUUCGCCUUGCGGGCCGUAUAAGUUAUUGCUCUCGCCCGACUGAGGCAGAGGACUUCUCACCUUGCAUUCAGUUCCUUCCCCGGAUGGGACGCUUCUUCGUGUCCCUUCUCCUUUCUAGCGGGUUGAAGUGCUCCUCGGUGGGAAGCUCCGCUCUCUUCGUAGCUCUCAGCCAGGUUCCCCCAAGCUGCUCGUGUCCACUCUUGUCAGCGCCACCCUCUGUUAAGUGGAAAAAGUGCAACUAAACAAGAUACAUUAAAAAUGUAUCUGGGAAAAUCGUCAAUCUUCCUUUUGCUUCAUCUUAGCUUUGUUAGCUCAGGUAAGUCUUGCCAGAAGCGCUCAAAGAUUAACCUACUGGAAGAAGAAUAUUUUUCAGUUUGCUGUUCUACCACAAAAGAAGAUGGAUAUACUGCUCACUGGUUUAGAGAAAAAGAAGGAAAGCUGGUGCCAAUUGAAGAAGACAGCAGAAUUGAUUUGAAUGGGACCUAUUUGCAAUUUUGGCCUGCUGUGCUGAAUGACACUGGAAAAUAUAGUUGCUCUCUCAGUAAUGGGACGCACAACGUCAGGCGGUACGAAUGGGCCUUGAGAGUCCUCCGGAGAAAUAAAACAAGUUGUUUCACUAAAAAUCAUAUAGAAAAUGGAAUACAUGGAGAAACUGGAAAAUCAUAUACAUUUUCAUGUAAUAAUAUGCAUCAGAGUGAACAUGUCAACAUAACAUGGUACAAGGACUGCAUCAUGAUCCAGAAUGAAAUGGAUGAUGAUUUGUAUAUCCCUCAGUUAAAACUUGAAGAUGCUGGAAAAUACACAUGUGUGAAAUCAUUCAUUCAUGUAGGAAAGAUAUACAACAGCACGCGCACAAUAGAGUUAAAACUGAAGGAUCGUCACGACAGCAUAGGAGCAAGACUAAUUGGACGUGAGCUCCGUACUUUAAAAACAACUGUGGGUAAAAAUGAGACGCUCAACUGUACAGCUUUUUUCCCUAACAAUUCAUUUGAAAACCACUUCUUAAUUUAUUGGUUGUACAAUGAGACACAUAUCAACAACUGCCAGGACUCCAGUGCAAGUGACACACAGUGUGAAAAGAAUGAAACUACAAUUAACAGAGAAGAUGGAAAAUAUGUAACAAAGCAAUUGUGGAUUAAAAGUGUUAAAGAGGAGAACAUUAACAGUGCAUACAGCUGCAUAUUUAAUGGACGUAAAAACAUAAACCAGACAUUUAUACUGGAGAAAGAAAUUAAUCCUGAUCUACCCUUCCAUGUUUUUACUACUGGAAUCAUCAUGGCAAUACUGUUCCCCUUUGUUGGUGUAUUUGUGGUGGUUCUGUGUGUAGUGUUCAGAGUUGAUCUUGUUUUAUUGUACAGAGAUAUAACAGGAAAGGAUGACACUUUGGGAGAUGGAAAAUUAUAUGAUGCGUUUGUAUCUUACUUGAAAGACUCCAUGCCAUUAUGUGGAGAUGAGAGAAAAUUUGCCCUGGAUGUACUACCCAAAAUAUUAGAAGAGCAUUUUGGCUACAAGCUGUGUAUCUUUGAACGGGAUAUCUGUCCUGGAGGAGCUGUUGUUGAUGAUGUACAUUCAUUUAUUGAGAAAAGUCGAAGAUUAAUCAUUAUCCUGACCAAGAACUACGUCUCUGACAGUGUCAUGUUUGAACUGGAAACUGGGCUGCAUAAGGCCUUAGUUGAAAAAAAAAUUAACGUAAUCUUGAUAGAAUACAUGCCUGCCAAUGAUUUGGAUUUUUUGCCCAAGUCUCUGAAACUUCUUUCAUCCAGCCAAAUGGUGAAAUGGAAAGAAAAGAAGUCACUCCCUUUAAAUUCCAGUUUUUGGAAGAAGCUCCGCUAUGCCAUGCCGGCUAAGCCCUCAUCGACGAACGUAACAGCUACUUUUCAAGAGCAAUGUCCCAGGAUAGAAGAUCAGCAUGUGGCGCAGUCUGUAUCGCAUCCCAGCUGUCCUCACUAAGCCUCCACAGGUUUUAUUUAGGGAAGCGGCUGCCCUUUUGUCAUUGCCACUUCAGACUAUUGCAAAGGUUGUAUGCACAGCACUUGCAAGCAUGGCUGCCAGAGGUCUCAGCAAAGACACGAUCUCCUUAGUGAUGCAUUCCAUCCAUCUUUCAUGUUAGUUGUACUAAGGAUGCCAAGACACAUUGGAAUUGCUGCUCUCUUCCAUUUAAAGCGUAUCUGUGGAAAAUCUGCACUGCAGUAUGACAGCAACUUUUUGAAAACAACUGCCUCAUAAUAGGAGCAAAACCUCUGGAAGAAAUGGGUGCUUGGAUUGUUACCUAUGCUCAUGGAUUACGAUGGACCACUGUAAUAAUGAGAAUGGAUUAGCAAUCCAUUAGUAAUGAACAUAAAUUGUCAAGAAUCCCUUGAUGUAUUUGUUUUUGCUAACUGACCAUAGGUGGUAGUGGGACAUUCUUGCACAUAAGAAAUUGUUCUGUUACCAUUCACAUUAUGUCCGUUAAAGCUGCAAGAACAGUGUGUGGGCAAAUACUUGAUACUUUUUGUCAUAGAGGGUCUUGUGAUAUGCAUUGCACAGGAAGUAGCCUUUCCACUUAUCAGCCACAAUCUCAGUGGCAAACAUGUCUGCUGUUGCCUAGAGCAUUGCUUUUGUGUGAUCAUAGAGUACCUUGCACAUUAAUCAAGAGUACCUUGGCAUUACAUGAUUGGAAAAUGAACACCCACUUCUUAUAACACA